UUUAUAUUUAGAAUAUGCAGUUCAAUUCUGAUGAUGAUUUUUAUUGUUUAAUAGUCUAAAUUAUAACUGUAAAUAAAUUAUAAUCUAUUCCACUCUUCUUUUUUUUCCUUUCUUGAUAUUGCUCUACAUAGGUACACUUGGGUUCUUUUUAAAAAAAAGGGUACUUCUAAAUUUUCCUAUAUAUAAACACCAAAGUGUUAAAAUCCAAAAUCUUCUUCUUAACUACUCUCUUCACCCCAAAAUACUCUUACCAAGGCCAACAAACGAAAUAAAGAAAUAUUUCCCUCUCUAAUCUUUUUUCUUUUCUUUUCUUUUCUUUUCUUCUCUUCUUCCUCUCUGCAAAUCACGUAACUCAAUAUCAACAAAACACUCGUUUGUUGGCCUCUAAGCCGUCUCAUAAUAGUAAAGAAAUUAUCCACAGUAUUCGUCAUUGGUCAGAAAACAUCAUUUAUUGCAAGAUAUUCUUCUUCUCAACGUCUUGAAGGGGGGAAAUCUUGACUUUCAGAGCAUUUGAUACUUGGAUGUUCAAGUAGCAGAAAAUGGCAGAUUUGUUAACAAAUGAUUCGGUUCACUUCAGGGAAGUUUGGAGAGACAAUCUUGAAGACGAGUUUAAAAUGAUAAGAGAUAUAUUGGAUUAUUACCCUUAUGUAUCUAUGGAUACUGAGUAUCCCGGUAAGCUUGUCUCCACCACCAGGGAGGACAGGGAGUAUGACAUCAUGAAGGUCAAUGUGAAAGACACAAUAUUGAUUCAAGUUGGUUUGACAUUUUCUGAUGAGAAUGGAAACCUUCCCACUUGUGGAACUGGUAAAUACUGUGUUUGGCAAUUCAACUUCUGCGAGUUUGUCCCGGAGAGGGAUAAAUGUAACAGAGAUUCGAUUGAGUUGUUACGCCGAUCUGGCAUUGAUUUUAAGAAGAACAAUCGAAACGGUGUUAGCUCUUCUGAUUUCGCUGCUUUGCUAAUGUCUUCAGGGGCAGUGUUGAAUAAUGAGGUGCUUUGGAUUACAUUUCAUGGUAGUUAUGAUUUUGCAUACCUUCUAAAGCUCCUUUCUGGUAAAAAUGAGCUUCCAAAGAAAGAAGAUGAUUUCUUUAAUAUUAUCAGAGUCUACUUCCCUAAAUUUUAUGAUAUCAAGUGUUUAUUGAGACGCCAAGGUUUGCAUGGUGGGUUGAGCAGGAUUUCGAGCAAUCUCGGAGUGAACAGAAUCGGUACGAGUCACCAAGCUGGCUCUGAUAGUUUGCUCACUUGCUGCACAUACAUGAAAUUUAUAGACAGAAAUCGGAGACUCCCUAGGGAACAACAAGUAUCACUCAGUUUAGCAUUAGGAGUAUUAUACGGUUUAGGAGAUGAAAGUUUUUAUCGUUAAAUAGUAAAACACUCCUUUAAACGACAGAAACAUUUGUGAAAUUAUUGUAUACAAACUAAAUAUAUGCAAAUGAAAAUUUCUUUAGUACUUC